AUGGACAACAAUUUGAAAGCCAUGACUGAAAACCACCCUCUAGUUCUGAACCCUGUUUCACCCAGCGAGAAAAAUGACAAUGUGGAUCACGGCGAGGAACCCAAGCAUCCAGAAAUCGAAGUGACGGAACCCAAUAACGAGUACCCAGAAGAAAUUGAUGAUCACCUGCAGAGACCCCACAGACAGAGGUCCCAUUUCCUGGGACCCGUAUAUACGUACGAUCCUGAGACGGGGAGUACCAUCGGAGAAGCGGAAAUCCCUGAUGUCAAUGUUUACCAGCACAAGAAGACUUUGGCUCAGGGGAUGAUGGACUUGGCAUUGUUCUCCGCUAACGCUAACCAGCUGAGAUAUGUUCUGGAGAGUUAUGCUAGACACCCUUAUUACUAUGCCAGUGUUAUUUUUAUUACUCUCAGUCUGGUUAUACAGGUUGCCAUAGGAAUUGGUUUGAUAUGGAACGCGACAUACAACGUGAAAGACAGGAAGGAAAUAUGCCUUGCCAAUAAAAUAAACAAUUUCACUAUCAUAGGAAUUUUCUUGGUGACAGUGGUCAAUGUUUUCAUAUCGGCAUUUGGUGUGGCAGACCCAGUGUGA